AUGCUGGCUCCGCGUGUCGUCCGCUCAGCGACCUCGCUGGUGCGGCCCUUCACCUCGUCAGCGGUGGCCUACCGCGCCCCUUCCAUUAGAGACCUCACCGCCGACUCGGCCGAGGCGUUUGCCCAACGGCAGAAGGAGUUUCGCGAGAACCUCGACGAGGCUCGCAAGAGAAAGGAACAGCAAGAGAGUCAGUCUGUCUCUUCGGUUACUUCUUCCCCUGCCCAUGACCAGUCCCGUGAGUACACUCCCACUGCUCCACGAGUGAGCAAUGCGAGUGGCGUUGACCGUGUCCGCCCUGCUUUCGAUGCUGCCGAUACUCUUGAUCAUAAAGCAAUCGGCUCACUUUCCCUCCACCGCUCUAUAGGGGACGAACACUCUGCGGAUCAGGCAUCCAAGCGUGGUGCUCUGUCCUCGCUCAUCUACGGCACCAAGGAAGGCCAGCACUUCGAUCAGGACAUCGAGCGCUCCUUCUCUCAGGUGCUGGCUCGCGGCAAAUAUGUCCACUCGAUCGUCUUCCACGAGGUCAAGCCCGACAAGGUUGAUGAAUACGUGAAUCUGGUCGGCGAGUGGUACCCCCGCAUGGCCGGCCUGGAGGAGAACCGCGUCCACCUGGUGGGCAGCUGGCGCACGCAAGUCGGCGACAACGACACCUUUGUGCACAUCUGGGAGUACCAGCGCUACGAAGGGUACCACGCGUCUCUGCACAACAUCUCGCAGCAACCCGAGUUCCCUGAAUUCGACCGAAAGCUCAAGUCCCUGAUCAAGAGCAAGAAGACAUCCCUGAUGCAGGAGUUUUCGUUCUGGCCCACCACACCGCCCCGCCGUCUGGGCGGACUGUUCGAGUUGCGAUCGUACACGCUGCACCCGGGCAACCUGCUGGAAUGGGAGUCGCACUGGCGCCGCGGACUGACGGCGCGUCGGGAGGUGAUGGAAGGUGUGGGCGCGUGGUUUGUGCAGAUCGGCGACCUGAACACGGUGCACCACCUGUGGCAGUUUGCGAAUCUGGAGGAGCGCCGGCUCCGGCGUGAGCAGUCCUGGGGAGUCGAGGGAUGGGCAGAGACGGUGCACAAGACGGUGCCUCUGAUCCAGGAGAUGAAGAGCCGGAUCCUGGUCCCGAUGCCGUGGAGCCCGGUGGCUUAA